UUCCUCCAAAGAGCCAAUCUUUGCAUAUACACUACUCUUUGACCUUUAAAGGUUAGUGUAUAUGCAAUCAAGAACUAACCAAAGAGAAUAUAUGAAGUGGGGUUUUUGUAAAAGUCACCAUGGUUGAAAAGCUUGAUGGAUUCGAUUUGAAGGGUGAUGGUGGUGGUAAGAAUGAUGACGGUAUUGGUGAUGAUACAUUAGAUUGGAUGCGUUUGCUAUUUGGAGAUAUUGAUGAUGAAAAUAAUGAGAUUGUUCUUGACACAAACCAGAUAAUUAGAGAAACACCAAAACAGAGCUAUGAGCAGAAUGAGAUGGCUAGAAAGCUUAUGCAGUUGAAUCCACUUGGAUUACAAUUCAGUCUGCCACCAACUUGGAUGGAUUCAAUAACAAAUCCAAACUAUGUUAGUACAAUUGAAGCUGGGCUAUCCCAAGCAUCAAGUGGCCAAAGCAUGGAUAGCAGUGAUUUUGGCCAGAAGUCAAUGUCUUCCAGGGUGAAGGCCUCCAACUUUGCUGCCUCAUUUAUCAAAAUCGGGGAAUGGCAGAGAGCGUCUAAGAAUGAAGGUGAUUUGAUGGCUAAAUGUUAUUUUUUAAAAAAGAAGCUUGUGUGGGAAUUCUUGCAAGGGCGUCUGAAAUACAAGAUUGAGAUUCAAUGGAGUGAUAUAAGUGGAAUAAAUGCUGUAAUGGAGAAGAAUCAGCCAGGAAUUCUACAAAUUGAGCUAAACCGGCCUCCUACCUUCCAUGAGGAAAUUGAUCCGCAGCCGCGGAAACAGGCCAUUUGGAAGCUAGCAAAAGACUUCACUGGAAGGCAGGCUUCCAUUUUCAGGAUGCAUUAUCUUACGUUUCCUCAUAAAUACCUUGACAAACACUAUGAGAACCUUUUACUUUGCGAACCACGGUUCUUUGAGCUGAGCAAGCAGUCUUUUCCAACUCUGAAAAAUCCCUUCUUCCAUUCAAAUUCGUGUGGCAAUCCAGGUUCUGCGUUUGAUUACAAUCACAGAGGGCAGGAUUUCAACCUCAGAAUGCAGUUUAAUUUUCCGAAUUUUCCUUCACAUGUAGGCCAGACUCAGCAUAUUCAACCUUAUGGACAUAUCGGCCAGACUCAGCAUGUGCAACCUUAUGGACAUAAUGACCAGGCGCAGCAUAAGCAACCGUAUGGACAUAAAGGCCUGUCAUCUCUUAAGGAGAUGCCUACACCAGCAUCAGAUAGCUGCAAUGUCCUUGAGAAUCAAAGGAUGUCAUACUGGGGUCAAGGGAUGAGCAUUUACACAGAUGCUUUAGCAAGGAAUCAAGGUCUAGUUCCUUCUGUCCAAUCAACUCAGGUGCAUCCAACUGUUCCUUUCCAAAACUACAACCUAGCAAAUCUUGGUCAGGAAGCUGUGAUGAAUAAUAAUGCGGCCAAAGCUCUAGACGUCGAAAACCAACUGCUCGGUGACAUGCAAGCUGGUAGCUAUCAUGAGAAGUAUCAUAUGGAAAUGGUUGGGUCGCUGAACAAAAUGGUCAAUCUCCACAAGGAAGUUAGUCCUGAAAGUAAGAAAGCUUCCCAGGAAACUUUAUAUGGGAAAGACAUUAGCGGUGAGGAGAACUUUACUCUUUGUAUAGAGGAGAAAGCAAAUUUAAUUGGUGGGCAGUUUUAUGAGCAGCAGAAAGUUACUUGGAUGCCUCGGAUUCAUCCUGCGAAUCCACCGACGCCUAAACAAAGGAACAACUUGCCCUACGACCCUGUCAACAGCGGAUAAGUUUGGAAACGUUAAUAACUUCAACAACUAUUGGAGCUGAGAAGGAAUUGAGAAUUGUAGAUGUAGGCAAUGGACCAAAGAAUGACAGGAUACAUGGUAUUGCAUUAGAUUAGGGCAUACUUUCUUUUCUUCCCUUUUCUUUUACAGUUGGAUAAUGCAAGCAAUGUCAAACUGCAAAUUUUGUACAGUUGGGGUACUCAAGCAAGCAUUUUGUUUUGAAAAGCUUCGAAAAAAAAAUUUAAUGCUUUUGAU